AUGCCACAGCUAACGGCGACGCGAAUUGCGGAGCGACUUGCGGCGCGAAGAGCGUCGCGCGGCAUGCGGCGGCGACGGGCGGCGCGGUGUGCGAGUGAAACAAAUGCACUCGGGAGUAUCGAGCCGGCCACAGCCAGAGCGGCGUAUGCAGCGACAGCGAGGGGACAUGACAGUUUAAAGAAAAAAUGGAAGAACCUAAAAGACGGCUACCGGAAAGAACUCAAAAAAGUACCUAUGUUAAGGUCUGGAGAUGAAGGUUCAGAUUAUAAGUCUCAGUGGAAGUAUUUUGAACAAUUAUCAUUUUUGAAAGACGAAUAUUUGCCCACCGUGGGAGAGACUAACUUAAUAGAUGAAGAUACAUCAACUCAAGAUCUAACAGAAGAAUUGUCGUCGUCACUCUUCGAAUCACCGCCGCCGCCGCCUCCGCCGUCGGUUUCACCAGUGCCAUCAACUCCCACCUCCCCGCCACAGCAACCGCCAACUCCACAAUCAUCAGGACUUCAGGUACAGAUUAAUGCUACCACCUCAAGAGAAAAUGAAACACAAAACUCCUCCCGAAAGCGAUUGAAAACCACUGAAAUCCGUGCUGAGUAUUUAGAAAUAGAGAGAAAAAAAUUGAAGUUAUUGGAAGCUGACUUAGCAGUUGGUAAAGAAAAAGACAUUCCCAGUCUAGCUGUGGCAUACCACCGCAAAUCACAACGCCCGCCGCGCCUCUCGCCUCACCGCGCCCCGCACCGCCAGAAACUGUGCCCAGGCCGUAACGGCGACGCGAAUUGCGGAGCGACCUGCGGCGCGGAGAGCGUCGCGCGGCAUGCGGCGGCGACGGGCGGCGCGGUGUGCGAGUGA